AUGUUCGUGCAGAUGCCCUUUGACGACCUUAAGGUCGACCCCAAUAAGAAGAGGAGAGUGGCGUAUUUCUACGAUGCCGAUGUGGGAAACUACGCCUACGGUGCUGGGCACCCAAUGAAACCCCAUCGUAUUAGAAUGGCACACUCGUUGAUCAUGAACUACGGUCUCUACAAAAAAAUGGAGAUUUACAGAGCCAAGCCUGCUACGAAGCAGGAGAUGUGCCAGUUCCACACCGACGAGUAUAUUGAUUUUUUGAGCAGAGUGCUGCCGGACAAUUUGGACAUGUUCGCCAAAGAGCAGGUCAAGUUCAACGUCGGAGAUGACUGUCCAGUUUUUGACGGUUUAUUUGAAUACUGUGGUAUCUCCGGAGGUGGAUCCAUGGAGGGAGCUGCUCGUUUGAACAGAGGCAAGUGUGACAUUGCAAUCAACUAUGCUGGUGGAUUGCACCAUGCGAAAAAGUCAGAGGCUUCAGGGUUCUGCUACUUGAACGACAUCGUUUUGGGUAUUAUUGAAUUGUUGCGUUACCACCCUCGUGUGUUGUAUAUCGAUAUUGAUGUCCACCACGGUGACGGUGUGGAGGAGGCUUUCUACACCACUGACCGUGUGAUGACAUGCUCCUUCCAUAAGUACGGUGAAUUUUUCCCCGGUACCGGUGAACUUCGUGACAUUGGUGUUGGCAAGGGUAAGCACUAUGCGGUGAAUGUGCCCUUGAGAGACGGUAUUGAUGAUGCCACCUACAAGUCCGUUUUCGAGCCCGUGAUUUCCAAGAUCAUGGAAUGGUACCAGCCGUCGGCCAUCGUGUUGCAGUGUGGUGGUGACUCCUUGAGUGGAGACAGACUUGGUUGUUUCAACUUGUCGAUGCGUGGUCACGCCAAUUGUGUCAACUUUGUCAAGUCGUUCAAUGUGCCACUUAUGGUUGUGGGAGGUGGUGGCUACACAAUGAGAAACGUCGCCAGAACGUGGGCCUACGAGUCCGGUUUGUUGAACGAGGUGAACUUGCCCAAUGAGUUGCCGUACAAUGAGUACUACGAGUACUACGGUCCUGACUACAAGCUUGACGUGAGGCCCUCAAACAUGUACAAUGCCAACGCUCCAGAAUUCAUGAACAAAAUUUUGACGAACAUCAUUGCCAAUUUGGAGAACACAAAGCACGCCCCUUCAGUACAGAUGAACGAUGUUCCUCGUGACGCCGAGGAUUUGGGCGACGAGGAUGAGGAUUCGCCCAUGGCUAUCGACACCAAAGGCGGUUCGCAACAGGCCAGAGACGAGAGAGUCGUUCCCGACAACGAGUUUUACGACGAAGAGGACAAGGAUGCCGGUGUUCGCCACAUCGGACCUUCUGAUCCAUCUGCGGUCGAAGACAAGGCUCCCGCUAAUGGAGCAAGUGAAAACGGCACGGAACCUAAGCCAGAGACGCAGACGGAGGAGAAGCCACUGUUGACAGAAGAGGAGCAGAAGGAGAUUGACGAACUCAACCAGGAAGCCCAGCUGUAG